CCUGCUUGGCCCUGCUGUUGGCUUCCUCCUCCCCAGCCUUCCCUCAGCCCGCACACCAGCCAGCUCCGUUAUGGUGACCCACAGCCCCAGCAUCGUGAUUAGUGAUGAUGAACCAGGUUAUGACCUAGAUUUAUUUUGUAUACCUAAUCAUUAUGCUGAGGACUUGGAAAAGGUGUUUAUUCCUCAUGGACUAAUUAUGGACAGGACCAAAUGGCUGGCUCAAGAUGUGAUGAAGGAGAUGGGAGGCCAUCACAUCGUGGCCCUCUGUGUGCUCAAGGGGGGCUAUAAAUUCUUUGCUGACCUGCUGGAUUACAUCAAAGCACUAAACAGAAAUAGUGAUAGAUCUAUACCUAUAACUGUAGAUUUUAUCAGACUGAAGAGCUAUUGUAAUGACCAGUCAACAGGUGACAUAAAAGUAAUUGGUGAAGAUGAUCUCUCAACUUUCACUGGAAAGAAUGUCUUGAUUGUUGAAGAUAUAAUUGACACUGGCAAAACAGUGCAAACCUUGCUUUCCUUGGUCAAGCAGCAUAAUCCAAAGCUGGUCAAGGUUGCAAGCUGGCUGGUGAAAAGGACCCCUCAAAGUGUUGGAUAUAAACCAGACUUUGCUGGAUUUGAAAUUCCAGACAAGUUUGUUGUAGGAUAUGCCCUUGACUGUAAUGAAUACUUCAGGGAUUUGAAUCAUGUUUGUGUCAUUAGCAAAACUGGAAAAGCAAAAUACAAAGCCUAAGAUGAGAGUUCAAGUUGAGUUUGGAAAUAUCUGUAGUCCCAUUGAAAUCACCAGGAAAAUGAUCAGAUGUUCUAGUUCUGUGGCCAGCUGCUUAGUAGAGCUUAUUGCAUGUAUCUUCUAAGAAUGUUAUCCGUUUUGUAUUUUAGAAAGGCCAGUUGCUGCAUUCCUGAACUCUUUAUUUGCACUAGGAGCCUGUAGACUAUCAGUUCCCUUUGGGUGGAUUGUUGUUUGACGUGUGAAUGAAAAAUCUCUUAAACCACACCACUACUGAAUGAAAAUAUUGAAAUUGUACCUGUAAGAAACAUUGACAGAGAAGAAUAUAUUAGUUUUUUAACUGGUAUUUUAAUUUUUAUAUAUUCAGGAAAGAACAGAAGUGACUGAAUAUUGUUAAUUAAACCACUGUGUGUUUAGAAAAGAAGCAGUCAGUUUCAUGUCA